UUUCCUCGCAUCUGCGGCCACUCUCCCCUAUACAAGCCAGCCGCUGGCAGCUCCCGUCGUGCUCACCGCAACGCGCCGGCACGUGCAGAGCUCCCUCCACGCUCUCCGGCACCAGCAGCGGCAGCUCGAGCCCUCCCUCAACCACCAUACCCAGAACCGGAACACAUGGAGACCGCCGCGGCGGCGACAUCCUACCCGGUGGCGCGGGACGCGCCGCCGCGGCCGGCGCCGCAGACGGCGCAGCUGGGCCAUGGCCCGGCGCGGCCGGGGUGGGGGAGCUGGGCGAUCCUGGCGCUCGCGUUCCUCCUCCUCUCCGGCAGCUUCGCGUGGGGCGUCUACCAGUCGCGCCACCGGCCGCGCAACCUCGCCUUCGUCGUCGUCACCUACUACCUCAUCGCGCUGCUCUACUGCUGCCUCGCCAAGCUCGACCUCCUGCGCCGCGACGACCCGGCGCCGGCGGUCGCGGCGGAGCGGUGGCGGGUCAGGAUGGCCGUGUGGUGCGUCUCCGUCGCGCUCGCCAACACCGUCGCCGCCCGCGUCGCCGACGCCAUGCCCAGCGCGGGGUUCAAGGUCGCCGUAUGGGUGUUCACCAGCGCCUGCAUAGCCGUCGGGUUCUACUUCUUCUUCGUCCGUGCGGGCGCCGGCCGCCGGACGCAGACGGACGGCACGGAUCUCCGCGAGGUGUCCCCGGAGCAGAGGGUCUGAACUGUACCUCGACCUGGCUGCUGUUUCAUUUUUUUUUUUUUUUUGAGUGUAAGAGAGCAUUAUAUUAUCGGGUAGACAAUCGAGUUUUGGUCCUGUGUUACAAGGUCACAGAUAAUGUCCGGUAACUGGCUCCACCAAAUGCAACUUCCAGCUGAUCUAGCCAUCUUAGCAAGGGCAUCAGCCACUCUGUUGCUCUCUCUUCUAGUGUGGAGUACACGGUGAUCAUCAAGGCUUUUUAGGAUGCUCUUCGCAUGGUCAUAAGUAGCCCAUUGUUUUGAUCUGUCAAUAUCAACAGACCGAAGAGCAGAGACCGCCCCAGCGCAGUCCAACUCCAGAAUGACUCUUGUGUGCCCAAGGCUGAAGGCAAGAUCGAUGCCUCUCAGCGCCGCCUUAGCUUCAGCAUCAACCGCGUCACUGCAGUUCCGAAUAGGAGAGCAUGCUGCAAACAGAACCACACCAUUGGAAUCUCUCGCAACAGCCCCACCGCCGCUAGCUUGAUCAGCGGAGAUGAAGGAGGCAUCCGUGUUGAGCUUGAUCCAGCCUUGGGGCGGGGCAUCCCAACCCCCAGUGCUGCCCCCCAAAGAGGCGCCAUCACCGUUUUCCUUCGAGCUCCACAUGGGAGUUUUCCCUUUGUCAUCCGCACAGACGUCAAGGUUCUCAUGGGCAGUGGCGUACGAAAGGAGAAAGGAGAUCGAUCGUUCGAUCGUCUCUUUGCCGUUAUCAUGCACAAUGUUGUUCCUUAAGUGCCAGGCUCUCCAAAACAUAAGUAAGAUUCUUGCCCCGGUGUCCAUGUCAACUUGGUUGAGAAGGAUCAGCAACCAAUCUUUCCCGGUUUUUCUGAAGGUGUGCUCAUGUGGAAGCUUCCAGUGUUUGCGGAGAGCAUAGCGGAGCCCAUUCGCCUUGGUGCAUCUGACAACAGCAUGAUACGCGUCUUCUGCAUCCCUAGCACAGAUGUCGCAGCGGUCGCAAACCUCGAGUUUCCGACUGAGUUUGUUUGUUUUAGUAGGCAAGGUAUUGGUAGCCAGCCUCCAAGCAAAGACGCGGACCUUCGGAGGCACCCUUGAUUUCCAGAUACAGUUCCAGAGCGAGCGUUCGCCAUCCGCGUUGGUACUGCUGCUCACAUUGUCCCUAUUUUGGUGUUUAAGCUUCAUGGCGAGUCUGUAUGCACUUUUCACGGUAAAGACCCCGUUACUCUCAUAGUGCCAAGCAAUCCGAUCACAUUGGGCCUGAGGAGGGAUCUGGAUGCUUUGGAUAGCCUGUACAUCGUGUUCAAGGAAUAAUUCUUGGAGUAGUGGCACAUUCCAACUCUUACCUUCCGUAUUCAUCAGUUGGCUAACCCACCAUUUCCUGGAGUUCUUCUUUAGAGCGGUAAUCUUCAGACCACUGUCUCUAGGCAGCCACUGGUCACGCAUAAUCUGGGUAUUCCUCCCAUCGCCAAUGCGGUUAAUGAUGCCUAACUUCAGCAAUUCCAGCCCAAAUUGUUCUGCCAUAAACUGUAUAAAAUUGUUUUCCAUAGUCAUAAAUUUAUUGUUUUUUGUGCUAUAAACUGUUCUGCCAUUGUCGGUGUGAGUUUGACUCAUGAUAAUAUCUACUAUAGGAUAUUAACGAUUUUGACCCUAUUA